AUGAAUGGUAGACUUCUCCAAGCAGAGGCUGCUUUAACUGCCCAGUCCAACAAAGACGUAACGAGAAACGAAAUGUCGUUUCCUUCAAAUCCGGUGACUUCGCUAGUUGACGAGCGACUGCUACCCAUAUCACUUUCUCCGAUUGCUCCUCCCCAAAGUCUCGAUGCCCGCAACUCGCCCUUAUUGAGUAACAACUUCUCUGUUAAUCAGUCCGAAUCUGCCCAGUUGUUUGGAUCAUCGAUAAAUCCCUCCUUCUCAACCAUGACUGAUACGCUCCUCCCGUCUUUGGGAGGGAAAGACUGGGAAAUCCUUUCGCCCAAUAAUUAUUUUGGGAGCGCUAGUUCUGUGCCCAACUUCAACGUACCUGAUACUUUUGCUGGCUUUGACCAGCCGGCAGCCAGCCCCAUUGAUUUGCGAGCCGAUCUCGGUGAAUUUACCGUCGCUCGGGAUAUGGGUCAAAGUAGUCCGAGUAGCACCCCAGAUAUACCAUCAGAGGUCAUCUUGAGUUUACAAAACCGCUACUUUGACACUGUGCAUGUUGCAUACCCGAUGAUGGACAAGUGGCGCUUCCUAGAGAAAAUCAGUACGAAGCAAAUCAACCCCGAGAUGACAUUUCUGCAAUACGCUAUGUGUGCCCAUGCGGCAGACCUUACUCGAGACCACGAAAAGGUCGCAGACACAUGCUACCAGCACGCUCGCAGGUGUCUGCAUCAGAUCCAAGAGGACGGGCUAAAAAGUACUCUGCAUGGACUCCCCGUCUUGCAGGCCUGUAUCCUCGUAGCUCUUUAUGAGGUUAAGCAAUUAAAUUGCCACCGUGCAGUUUCCAGCAUCGGACUUGUGACUUGGCUUGUGAGGCAGUUAUGGCUGCAUGUCAUCGAUCGUAACCCCAAUAGUCGGCCGCCCACUCGAUGUCGCAGUCGUCUCGGUCCCACUAGCGACAAAGUCGAGCUGGAGGAGAGGAGGCGAACGUUCUGGGUCGCGUACAACGUUGAGGCUUUCUCAAGUGUAAUAUAUGGCUUGUGUAUUUCUCCGGACCAUUCAGAGAUCGAAACUCAUUUACCGUACUUAAAUUCCUUCAACGAUGCGACAAUCCUACUCUCUGGUCAGCCUUUGAGCCUAAUGGAUCCCCCCAAACUUGAGGAUGACGUAUCGACCUCUUCCUUCAAUGCACUCCUUCUCACUAGCACCCUCGCCGCACUUUGCCUGCGACACGAUGGCAAAUCACAGCGACAAGAGUCUUCUAACGCCUCAUUCGGCUACACCUUCUGGUCUGAACACUUCCGUAUUGAUGAGAUAAUCAGGAAUAUCUCAGAUCAUACACUCAGCCAGCUAAACGAGCCUCGAUAUGCAGUUGAUGCAAAUGCAUUCUUUGCCCUUAUCACUCUCAAAACAACCACUAUCCUUUUGCAUCAAAGUGCCCUACAAUAUUCCCAAAAGAGCAGACUCAUGGAGAAGUACGUAUUGGAAAGCCCCGGACAGUGCUUGAAGGCCGCUUUCGAAAUCGCCGAUGCUGUGCGACAAGCACACAACUUUAACCCAGCCAAGAUGAAUCCAUUCACCGCUUGGCCCAUCUUCACCGCAGCCCAGAUUUUCGUCCGCGCUCUUCAACCGUCAAACCCACUCUCCAACGUAGGCAGCUUCGGACCGCAAGCUCCGUCUUCGAGUAGCUCUUCUACUCCUCCAGUAGCCGCGCCAUCUUCUUCGUCUAGUGAGAACAACACAUCACCGAGAAAAAUUGGCCUCUUGAUGGACUCGCUACAAGUCCUUAUGGUUUCUCUUUCCAGUAUGAAACUCCAAGGGGGCUUGGCAGCUACAUGUCUGGUGCAUCUCAAUCAUGAGAUCAACGGCGGCGAAGAUGUCACGAACGAGAGCCCUGUCGGGAAUAUAGAUUUCGAGUCUGCACUUCCGGAAGUAAUGGAGAGACUACGAUCAUGGACCAAUACUUAG